CCAGUCGAUCUUGCUGCGCUACGCUGAGCGUGCCGUUGUUAAUGCGUGUCUGUGAUUCGCGCUUGUGCCCGUAGCGAGGAGUCUAUGUAGUGUGCAACCCGGUGGUGUACAUAGCAGAGUCGGAUGAUAAUAGUGUGCCGUUCGUUGACCAGCCGUGUGUGAGAUCGCGCGAAUAUGGAGAUCGAGGCGAAGCAACGUAGCAGCCAGAAGAACCGACGACGGGAGCGAGCGCAGCGUAUGCUGGCGCAAAGGGAGAGCCUGGCGAGCGCGAAGCAGCAGCAACAGCAACAACAGCAACAACAGUCGCAGCAGUCGCGGCAGCGUCCGAACGACGAGGAGGACAGCCACAGCGGGGAGGACGAGGACCCCGCCGGCGGCGGCGGCGGCCUCGGCCUCGGUCUCGCCAAGACCGGUCAUCCGCGAGACGGCCACCACUCGAGACCGCCCAGGCCACCGCGACCCCCGAGGCCCCGUAAGAAGUCUUCCCUCGCGGCCGCCAACCAGAAGGAGCCUCUCUUCGAGGAGGAAAUUAUCGACGGGUUCGCCAUGCUCGCCUUCCGCACCUACGAGGAACUCGAGAGUGCAAUAAAGUUAGCCGGUAAAAAUAAGAAACUGCACACAUUGCUAUCGAUAGUGGAGGAGAAGCCAAAGGUGGAUACAGGACAGAACAACAGGCAUAGCGAGCACCACAUCAAAAACAAUUUCAAGCACAACCAUUACACGCAUAAUUCCAUACUGACACCCUCGACGCUAAACCAGGGCCUAGAUGCAGGUACAAGCGACGAUAGUGGCAGAGCGUCUGAACAAUUGCAUGGCCCUGGUAUACCUAGGGAUAGCCAGGACGCAGACAGUUCCAGGGACCAUCUCAGCGAUGCUAGCAGUCAUUGCAGUUCGGGUAAAGGUUAUAUCUGUGAUAGUGAAGGAGAAGACGAUAAGGGCUCGGAUGCCGAAUCGAUACUCUUUGAAUCUUCUACCCCACCACCUCUACGUAAAUACGAGUUGCCGUCUUCUUCGCCACACGUUUUGCCACCAAACGGAGCAGGCGGAUCUCCACCGGAUACGGGUGGACAAAUUUCUAACCCAGCAACGGAUGCUCCGGCACCUAUACCACCUCCUGUGUCUGCGUCUGCACCAGUUCCAACAGCGCCGAGUCCUCCCAGCCCCACGUUGCCUCCACACAUAUCCCAACCACCUAUGACUAGUCCCUUGGCAGCGAACCCACGUGCAAUAGCUCCGCAGCAGCGGCCAGCUUCCCCCGCCCUGUCACCACCCUCUUUGUCCCAGCAACCGCAUACUACGAUACCUGCGUUGCAUCCACCUAAUGUGCCCCUCGUCUCGUCGAGUCAUACAACUAGUCCAGCGGUAGCCAGUCUAGGUGUCACUCCGGCAGCACCAUCGAACGGAGCAGCUACCACGAGUUAUCCGCCACCCAUUCCUAUAGCCGCGUAUCCGCAAACACAGCCGUCGUAUCCGCCGCUCUACACCCCCUACACCGCUUUAAAUCACAGCCCGUACCUUCCCCCGGCGGUACCAUCCCCUUCACAUUCUGCUUCGUCACGCGCGGACGUGAGAGGAAGUAGAGCUUCUCCUUGUACCAAUAUAAGCAAACAGACCAUAGGGAACAAUCUUACCGGUCACAAUAAUACUCCGUUGAGCGCUGCCACUACAACAUGUGUAUCUACCAUAACUAACACAGUUACCACGGCGAAUUCUAUCGCUCAUCGAGACAUGGUGGCCUGCAGUCUGUCUGGACGAAACAACAACUCGCCGCGUGGACACAGUCCUAAUCGGGAGAGAGAUAGUUAUAGUAGCACCGUGAGCAGCCUAAGCCGGGGCAGCAUAACGCCUGUUAGUGUGCCAAACACCUCCUCUCCAGCUAAUUCUAGUCUACCUGCGUAUACCAAGCCACAAGGUUGGAUUAGCAGCAACACAGCUUCCCAGUUAUCUCCGGCGACGGCUACGUCUGUUCCGAGGCCGACUCCGCCACCAGUACCACUCAGCAUACACUCGUUCCCGCCGCCGAUGUUUGCAGCACCAUUGCCACCACCCGUGUCCAGUUCCAGUCCGCACACAACAACACUGCCUUCGCUUCCACCACCAACGACCAAUCCCAAUCCGUUUUCCGCGGAAUCACUUUUCCAGACAAAAGGAGUGACGCAUGUUGCAGGUCAGGCGGAUAUUCUCAGGAGAGAACUCGAUAACAGAUUCUUGGCGUCCCAGGACAGAAAUGUCGGAGUUAGUAAUUUGGGUCCACCAGCGUAUCUUCGCACAGAGAUGCAUCAUCAUCAGCAUCAGCACACGCACGUGCAUCAACACACGACGCCAUUGUUGCCUGCGGCUGCAGCGACGUCUCUUUUUCCUCCUCCAAUUUUUAAGGACAUCCCGAAGCUGGGAGGAGUCGAAUCGCAAUUUUUUCGUGCGAACUUAAACCUCUCGGGUUAUUCGGGUUUCAACACUGGCCUUCUUCAUCCUGGAAUUCCACCGUCAACGCCUUUUGUGCAACCUAAUCAUCUAACUACAUUUGCGCCAAAGAAAAGUGGAAAAUGGAAUGCGAUGCACGUACGUAUUGCGUGGGAAAUAUAUCACCAUCAGCAGAAGCAACAGGCUGAAGCUAAAGCAGGAAGUGUCGUUAGUACCAAAACUGAGUUAUUAAGACCACCAGGCCAUCUUUAUGCAGGGGGACCAGGCGGUGGUCUUGGACUUGGAGCACCAACAAUGGCACCUCCAUUCCCCACUAACAUGCCACCCACUCAUCCUGCACCACCUCCACCUCAUCCCGUUGGUUUUCUGUCUACACCAGCCUCACAUUUAGGUAAUAGAGGAACAGGAAUAUCGCCGUUCGCGAGGUAUUCCUCGGCGACAUUCGGCACAAAUCCCAAUUUCCCGGGCCUUUCUACUUUCCCGCCAAGAGAAAUGCCACCUUUAAGUGGACUCGGUGCAGUACACGACCCAUGGCGAGGAUUGCAACGGGCUACUACCGGAUUUCCUCCGCCGACUACUGUUUCGUGGGGCCUGAAACCGGAACCUCCAGCGAUAGACAGACGCGCUGAACUGGAGGAACGGGAACGUGAGCGCGAACGCGAGAGAGAACGCGAACGUGAGCGCGAGCGCGAACGAGAACGGGAGCGUAUCAGACGUGAACGUGAGCGGGAGAGAGAAGAGCAACGCGAAAGAGAAAGGAGGGAACGCGAGAAGGAGGAGAAAAGGAAACAGCAAGAAGCCGCUGAGCGGGAGCGAGAAAGGCGAGAUAAGGAGCGCCGUGAGAUGGAGAGACGCGAGAUGGAACGCGAGAGAUUGCUUCAUCAAAACCGACAACUCGUACCCCGAGAACGCUCGCCACUUAGGAACGGCUCGACACCUUUGGACACCGGAGAAGUGCGCGUGAAAGAAGAGCCACGCAGUAAAGACGACGAAGUUGUAAUGCUUCCGAGACCACCAGGACCCGGGCCUGGUACGGCGGGUACCGCGCCGGGACCUGGACCGAAUCCACUGCCUGAUCCGAGAUACCACCAUUCACACCCGCAUGCUUAUCUUACCAGGCAUCCGCACAGUAUGCCAACUUCGCAUUCCAUACCGCGUAGCAUGCUACCUUUGAGCGCUCAUUCGAUGCAACACUUCCCGCCGCCAUCCGCACCCACUGGUCAACCGGGACCACCUUGGCCGGGCGAUCCCUUUAGGGAUUAUCGAUACGAUCCGCUUCAGCAGUUACGGUACAACCCGUUGAUGGCGGCGUUCCGCGCGGAAGAGGAAGAAAGAGCGAAGCUCUACGCUGCUGGCUAUCCUCCCGCGCCCGUAAACUCGCUUAGGAGUAAGGACCCCAGUCCAAAUCCUCUCAGCAACCUGCACAUGCAUCAUAGAGCGGGACCUGGUCCAGGAGUGCCGGCGCGUCAGCUGGAGAACGCCCUCAUGCAUGCGGAUAUCCACAAGAAAGAGGACGCGUCGCAGUCCCGAUGAUACAUCCUACCCGCCGCGUCCUCGGUUUCGACGAGCGAACGCACCGACGGACCGACAUUCUGAGCACCAUCCUCCUUGUUACCCACAGCCCUACCUUUCUCCUUCCCUCAGUAACGCUCAGAACCCGGUGCUGAUAUUUUGCUAACAGAGAUGAAGCAUUAUUUAAAAGAAGAAAUUGUAUAUAGAUAUUAUGUAAUAUUUAUAGUUAUCGAGGAUAAAAACACUACGCGUAGGACUUCUACGGAAACGAGACGUGUAUAACGAAGAUGCCUUGAUUAAACGACGCUGGUAUUCCAUCGGUACCAGCGGUUUACUAAUGACAAUGGGUUCACGAAGUAACUACGGAGGCAUCGUUGAUGAUGUAUCACAAAUAAUAACACUGAGGGUUAUGUGAUUUUCUGCAGUUUCGGUGAUCUGACUGUCUAUAGUGGUAACGAACUCUAAUUAUUACGAUAAUAUAACUAUGCGUAUAGUUAAAAAAAAAGAAAGGUAUCGUGUGUAAUAUUAUAGUUACUGUAGAAUGCGAGGCGAGAUGGCUAAGAUGUGUAAAAGAAGAAAAAAAAACAAAUUCAGGUUAGGCGAAAAAGAGUUAAGUGUGGAUCUCUAUCAUUAUUCGAAAAUUUAUUUAAUUAUUUUAUUUAUUUAUUGCGACAUAUAUUAUAAUAAACAUGAAUCUCUACUACGGGCGCAUGGAAGCUGUCGUAAAAGAGCUCUAAUUUAAUUGAUGUAAUAUAAAAAGAAAGAUUGCAUGUAAAAAAAUUUCACUUAGAUUUUAAUUUGUAUAUUAGAUACUAUAGAAAAAAAAUGGAGAGGAAGGAGAGGGCAUACGUGAAAAAAGUGUCUUUGGCUUUCGGCAGCACAUGCUUCUUUCAUUUGCAUGCUGGCUACAGCAGCACUCCGGUGCUUUCCUGUGAUACAAAAAAAAAAGAAAUUGAUUCAGAAGUAGCGAAUUAAUUAAUUUCGUAUCGUAAAAUCAUGACAGAGUUAAUUAAUAGGUGCAAAUAAAGAAAUCAAACUAUCCCGAAAAAAAACAAGUAACGACGAUUAGGAUAUCCUUUUUCGGAAAAAAAAAAAAAAAACAGGAUGACGCUUAAUAUGACAGCAGUUUGUCCGUGCCAAAGUGCUUCAAUCAAAUUAUUCCGUACAAUGUGCACAGACAAACAGUCUUAACAUUUAUUGGAUAUAAAGUCACUAGAAUUUUUCAAUUACAAGCGUUGUGUUUAUAUACAACAUUCAUACAUCAUGAUUGUCAAGGAAAUAGGAACGAUAUUCAAAUAGAUGACAUUUUUAAUGUAAAAUUAUAUACAAGAUAUAGGAAGUAUCGUUGCUGUUUCCUUGAAUAAUCAAUCAGUAAUAACAUUUAUAUAAAUUUGUCUGUGCGUACGCGUUAAUAAAUUCGAAAUCUAUUUUUCUUCCUUUUUUCAUUUUGUAUUGUCAUCUUAUGUAAAAAUUUAUAUAAAUUUUGUUUUUUUUUUUUUUAAACCAUCCUCUCGAUUCUCAGCCAUAUGCGUCGUUGUGUUACCAGAGAGCCAAUGUGAGAUCUCUCAAAAAAAUGUGUGCCAUGGACCAGGUUACAUUCGAUAUCCCUGGUGCCUCAAAGGAAAAACUGGACUUUUCAGAAUGAUCAGGUUCCCAUGCUGUUUUGUUUAUACUAUAAAAUUAUGGUAAAGCUGUAUAUUAUAUAAUUAACGACUAUACGCAAUUUAAAAAUUGUAGAUAUUUUUCAUCGAUGCAAAGUUGCAAUGUGAUGCAAUGAUUCUGUUCUUGUAGAUAUCAUGAAGUAUAAAAGAAGAUUUUGUGUGAAUAGGUUUUUUCUAAAAUUGAUUCUUUGUAAAAGGUGAUAUAAUAAUCAUAGUUUCUAUCAA